AUGUCAGAAAAUCAAGUUCAAAUUAAAGUAAAUAAUUUAGAGGAAUUACUAGCCAAGGCCAGAGAAUAUGUUGACUCCCAAGGUGGAGCAGAUAAAGUUAAAGUAGGAAACAUUUCAAGUAAUUCGGGGUAUUAUACUCAUACUAAAAAUGGUAUGGUUCAAACUAGUAAAGGCACAAUUGAAUUAGAAUUAAAAGGACAAAAUGGUUCCUCUGCGGAAUUUUUUUUAGAAGUUGAAAGAGAAAAAGGAGAGGUAAGAAAAGUUAGCAAAAUUCCGAAAAAGUUUUUCAAAGAACUAAACAAAAUUAUUCCUGAUGCUUGA